AUGUCCAAUCUUCUGUCCGACAGUGGCCCCUCAGAACCUCCGCCACCUCCUCCACCCGUGGCAGCAGCACCUCCUCCACGUCGUUCGCCGGAGGUACCGCGCGAGCCUGUCAAGCCGUAUAUCGCCCCUCACCCUGCGCCUGUUCCUGAUGCCUACCCAACCCCUGUCGCGCCAGUCGCUGCUCAAAUCACAGACAACAACAACAACAUCAAGCGUGAACGCAAUGGGGAUGUACCUCCGGUUGCGCCGCCUGUCUCGGCAACUACCUAUCCUACAGGCCCGCCAGGUCUCACGAUCGAGGCUACUGAGGCGGCAUAUGCUGAGAUCGAAGCAGCUGAGAUGAGCGAUGUUGAAGCAGCUGGGUUUGAGGGUCCCAAGGUCGCAUGGGUAAAUAGGUCUGCCAAGCGUAUGAUUGAGAUAGAACAGAAAGAAUUGGGCAAACGAAAGAAACGCCGUCAAGCAUCAUUCAAAAUGUACCUCGACCUGUUCGACGCAAAUGCGAACCUCGCCAAGGACCACUUUGUGGCUACGCACGAGAAGCAAGCCGAAGAAGAGGUGCGCGUAAAGGACGCCGAGGAAGAGAAGGAACGCAAGAAAGACAUGCAACGCAAGCGCAGACGGGAAAGAACAUUACUCAACGAAACCGCAAAACGCGACGAAGCGAUCGAAAAACUCAAAGACCUCGAGGACGAAGACGAAAAAUCGCGCCUGCUCAAGGACGUUCAGAAAUAUGGUAAGAAGAUACGGAAUACCGAAGACCUCCUACACGGCCGCCUUCCCAGCAAAGCUCUCCUCGGAGACUCGCCCGGGCCUCCCAACCUGGAAGGAGGCUUUAUGUCGUCUUUCCAAGCUAAUGACGACCUUACAACAGAUGCGAAAGCGAAGAAAGGCGCCAAAGGAUACCGUCCCCGUAAGAGCAAGGCCCAGAAGCAAGCCGAGAAGGACAGCGCCGCUCAAGCGCAAGCCCUCAUGGACCGUGGCGAAGAUAUGCCCCCUAUCACUCCAAGGGAGGAAUUGCGACUCCGAAGUCUGCGCGGCACUUCUAGCGAUGGCAUGGAGGGAACACCAAUGGAAGACGUCGAACCUGCCGAGAAGACAUACGACCAGAUUUAUCGGGAAGUCUGGAAGGACAUCUCAGUCAAUGCUUCAAAGAUUGCUCGCACCAGACUCCAGGCACUAGAAGUUAAGCAAGGCAAUAUGCGCAAGACAGCUCAGCUGGCGUCCAAGGAGGCACGUCGCUGGCAGCUGCGAACCAACAAAAGCACCAAGGAUGUUCAAGCCCGCGCGAAGCGUGCUAUGCGUGAAAUGCUUUCGUUCUGGAAGCGCAACGAGCGUGAUGAACGUGAUCAGCGCAAGAUGGCAGAGAAGCAAGAGCUGGAGAAUGCCAAACGUGCCGAAGCUGAGCGCGAAGCAAACCGACAGAAGAGAAAGCUGAACUUCCUGAUCUCACAAACAGAACUGUACUCGCAUUUCAUUGGCAAAAAGGUCAAGACGGACGAAGUCGAAAACUCAACCAACGACGUAUCUGUUGCGGAUGAAACCACAAGACCUGGUCCAGCCAACGCCAAUACCAUCGACUUACCUGACAGUGUUGCCAACCUCGGCACAAAGGUUACGAACUUCGAAGAUCUUGACUUUGAUGCAGAAGAUGAAACAGCUCUGCGCCAAGCCGCCAUGGCGAAUGCUCAAAACGCAGUCCAGGAGGCACAGGACAGGGCACGCGCGUUCAACCAGGAUCCUAACGGAGAAAAUAAGAUGUCACAGUUCGAUGACGGCGAGAUGAAUUUCCAGAACCCUACCAGUUUGCAAACCAUGGACGUUUCACAGCCGAGCAUGCUCACCUGUCAGCUCAAGGAGUACCAACUCAAGGGUCUCAAUUGGUUGGUUAACUUGUACGAACAAGGUAUAAACGGUAUCCUUGCAGAUGAGAUGGGUCUUGGAAAAACUGUUCAAUCUAUUUCGGUCAUGGCAUACCUGGCUGAGGUUCACAAUAUCUGGGGACCCUUCCUCGUCAUUGCUCCCGCUUCGACACUCCACAACUGGCAACAAGAAAUUGCCAAGUUUGUUCCGACGUUGAAAGUCCUGCCGUACUGGGGUAAUGCAAAGGACCGUAAAGUUUUGCGCAAGUUCUGGGAUCGCAAACACAUCACAUACAACCGAGAAUCGUCUUUCCACGUCUUGGUAACAUCGUACCAACUUGUGGUACAGGAUACGCCAUACUUCCAGAAGAUCCGCUGGCAGUACAUGAUUCUGGAUGAAGCUCAAGCCAUCAAGUCUUCUCAGAGUUCGAGAUGGAAGGCCUUGCUAGGUUUCCACUGCCGUAACCGUCUGCUUCUGACUGGUACACCGAUCCAGAACAAUAUGCAAGAACUGUGGGCUUUGCUGCAUUUCAUCAUGCCUAGUUUGUUCGAUUCACAUGACGAGUUCAGCGAUUGGUUCUCCAAGGAUAUCGAGAGCCACGCUCAGAGUAACACCAAGCUCAACGAAGAUCAGCUCAAGAGACUGCACAUGAUCCUCAAGCCUUUCAUGUUGCGUCGUGUGAAGAAGCACGUCCAAAAGGAACUUGGUGACAAGGUGGAGAAAGACGUGUACUGCGACCUCACGUACCGUCAAAGAGCUUUGUACGCCAACCUGCGAAACAAGAUCAGUAUCCUGGACCUCAUUGAGAAGGCGGCUGUCGGAGAUGAUCAAGAUACUGCAACCUUGAUGAACCUGGUGAUGCAAUUCCGCAAAGUCUGUAACCACCCUGAUUUGUUCGAGCGCGCAGAUACAACUUCUCCACUUGCUCUCUCAUACUGGGCAGAGACUGCUUCCUUCAGCAGAGAGGGCAGUUUCGUCAAUCUUGCAUACUCGGUUCGCAGUCUGAUUGAGUACUGGCUACCGAAGCAGCUCGGUAGUGAUGGUGGUCGUUUGGACCUGGCAGGACCUGAUAAUCUGCGCGCUGGUUGGAGAAACAAGUGGCUGAAGCACAUGAUGAGCAUCUGGAAUCCUGAACACAUCAAACAAAACACGAAAGACGCAGAAGCGUUCUCAUGGCUACGAUUUGUGGAUCAGUCGGCUAGUGAAGUGGCAAGAGCUGCUCGUAGCGGCAUCUUCGACCGUGCAGUUGAGCUUGAGAGGCAAUCAAAACGCCGGACGUUCUUCCAGCAGGGCGAUUACCUCGAUGGCAAGGAGCGCUAUGUGCCUGCUCACUCCAUGCUAAAUAUCGUCCAGCACUCCAAGCCAAGCAUGAUUGCAGAUGUCUCAGGCGAAGGCUACUUAAGCAACCUGAUGAAUGUGUCUCGAAUGGCGGUAGAGGAGACUGGUUACAGUGACAUUGAGCCUUGCUCGCUCCCUACAGCUGCUGCACCUCCGAUCGAAUUGGUCUGCCCCAGCCAGCAGUCCAUUGUCGAGAAGGAAACCACAUUCUUCAACACUCCGAUUCGAAGCACGUUGAAUCCUGUCACUCUGGAGACCGAGCAAGCGCUCUUGUCGAGCAAGAUUGAACCAGCAGAUUAUCCGAUCACGAACAUGUUGCCUGAGCCCAUCAACAAGAAGCAAGGCUACACAAAGAUCGAAGUCCCAAGUAUGCGCCGCUUCGUUACUGACUCUGGCAAGUUGGCUCAAUUAGACAAGCUACUCAGGGAACUCAAGGAGGGUGGCCACCGUGUCUUGCUUUACUUCCAGAUGACACGCAUGAUUGAUUUGAUGGAGGAAUAUCUCACAUAUCGCAACUACAGGUACUGCCGUCUGGAUGGUUCCACAAAGCUCGAAGACCGUAGAGAUACUGUCGCCGCCUUCCAGUCUACUCCUGAGAUCUUCGUCUUCCUUCUCAGUACACGUGCUGGUGGUCUCGGUAUCAACCUUACAUCUGCCGACACUGUCAUCUUCUACGACAGUGAUUGGAAUCCUACCAUCGAUUCACAAGCCAUGGAUCGUGCUCAUCGUCUCGGUCAGACAAGACAGGUCACAGUCUACCGUCUCAUCACACGUGGUACUAUCGAAGAACGCAUCCGCAAGCGUGCUCUGCAGAAGGAAGAAGUCCAACGCGUGGUCAUCACUGGUGGCGCCGGUGCUACAAGUGGCGACAGAGGUGUUGACUUCAACGGUCGCACAACCAGAGAGAACCGCACCAAGGACAUCGCUUUGUGGUUGGCCGAUGAUGAUCAGGCUGCCGAGAUCGAACGCAAGGAAGCCGAGUUUGCUGAACAAGAGGCCAAAGAACCAAACAAGGCAAAGAAGAGGAAGGCUCCUACGAAGAAGAAGGAGAUCAGCAUGGAUGACAUGUACCAUGAAGGUGAGGGCAGAUUCGAUGACGGCCACAGUAACAAACCUUCUGGUGCAGCAACACCAGUGCCUGGCGCUAUGGAAGGUCCCCCAUCGAAGAAGAAGAAAACCACUGGUAAGAAAGCAAAGACGCUCAAGCAACGUCUUGCGAUUGCCGACGGUGAUGUGGAUGGCGGUAUGGCUUCAUAA